UGAAACUUCUGGUUGCCAUGUAAUGGGAAUGCCUUACGGUAUUUCACAUUCAAACUUUUCAUAAUAUACAGUUCAUUCUGGACUGCUAACCUUAGUUGUGUGUUGCCUACAUUGAUUUUUGCCUCCAUUUAUUCUUUAUUGCAGUCUAAAAGUUGGUUUUAGUUGGUUGCCCACAGGAUUGACUUGACUUCUGCUACUUAUUAAGGAAAAAAACACCUCUGUUUGCAGGUGUGUGUGUUUCAGCGCAGCAUGGCUGUGGUCAUCCGCUUACAAGGUCUCCCAAUUGUGGCGGGGACUAUGGACAUUCGCCACUUCUUCUCUGGAUUGACCAUUCCUGAUGGGGGCGUGCAUAUUGUAGGGGGUGAGCUGGGUGAGGCUUUCAUCGUUUUUGCCACUGAUGAAGAUGCAAGGCUUGGUAUGAUGCGCACAGGUGGUUCUAUUAAAGGGUCCAAAGUAACACUGUUGCUGAGCAGUAAAACUGAAAUGCAAAAUAUGAUAGAACUCAGUCGCAGACGUUUUGAAACUGCAAAUUUAGAUAUGCCGCCAGCAAAUGCUAGCAGAUCUGGGCCACCACCUAGUUCUGGAUUAAGUAGUAGGGUGACUCUUCCAACUACAGUACCUAAUUUUAACAGUCCUUCUCCUAGUGUAGUAACUGCAGCUACUUCGGUCCAUGAAAGCAACAAAAACAUACCGACAUUCUCCACUGCCAGUAUGGUAACUGCUCCUCCCAAUCUUAGUGCUACAUUUGGAAGUCCCACGUUCAGCUCUACAAUACCUAGUACAGCAUCCCCAAUGAACACAGUACCACCUCCACCAAUACCUCCUAUCCCAGCUCUGCCAUCAUUGCCCCCAAUGCCUUCUAUUCCUCCCAUACCUGUUCCACCUCCUGUGCCUACACUGCCUCCUGUUCCUCCUGUGCCCCCAAUACCUCCUGUGCCUCCUGUGCCACCUAUGACAUCGAUGCCUCCUUUAUCAGGAAUGCCUCCUCUGAAUCCUCCACCUGUAGCACCUUUGGCUGCUGGAAUGAAUGGGUCAGGAACAGCAAUGAAUUUGAGCAGUAGUUUGAACCCAAUGUUUAUGAGUCCCAUGAAUCCUAUUCAGAUCAGUUCACAAAGCAAUGUGAAAUCACUUCCUAUCAAUCCAGAUGAUUUGUAUGUUAGUGUCCAUGGGAUGCCUUUUUCAGCAACAGAAUCUGAUGUCAAAGACUUUUUCCAUGGACUCCGCGUGGAUGCAGUGCAUAUACUAAAAGAUCAUGUUGGGCGCAAUAAUGGAAAUGGAUUAGUUAAAUUUUGCUCUCCUCAAGAUACAUUUGAAGCCUUGAAGCGAAACAGGAUGCUGAUGAUUCAGCGCUAUGUUGAAGUUAGUCCUGCAACAGAGAGACAGUGGGUGUCUGCUGGAGGCCAUAUAACAUUCAAGCAAACCAUGGGUCCUUCUGGGCAAAACCAUCCUUCUCCUCAGACUCUAUCUAUGUCCAAAUCUCCUAAUGGUCAGAAAAGGUCAAGAUCUAGGUCUCCACAUGAUCAGGGGUUCUGUGUUUAUUUAAAAGGUCUUCCCUUUGAAUCAGAGAACAAACAUAUCACAGAUUUCUUUAAAAAGCUAGAUAUUGUGGAAGAUAGUAUUUACAUAGCGUAUGGACCCAAUGGGAAAGCGCUUGGUGAAGGUUUUGUUGAGUUCAGAAAUGAAACUGACUACAAAUCAGCUUUAUGUCAUCAUAAGCAGUACAUAGGAAAUCGUUUUAUUCAAGUUCAUCCCAUCACUAAAAAAGCUAUGUUAGAAAAGAUAGAUAUGAUCCGGAAAAGACUUCAGAACUUCAACUAUGAUCAGCGAGAGAUUAUGAUAAGCACAGAAGGGGAGACUGGCCCUUCCAAACUGUGUGUACAUAUAUCCAAUGUCCCCUAUAACAUUACCAAAAUGGAUAUCAUCCAAUUUUUAGAGGGACUAGCAGUGGAAGAGAACUCUGUACAUAUUCUUGUUGAUACUAAUGGUCGAGGUUUAGGACAAGCACUGGUCCAGUUCAAAAGUGAAGAAGAUGCUCGUAAGUCAGAGCGCCUACAUCGCAAGAAAUUGAAUGGGAGAGAAGUUUUCCUUAGGGUGAUAUCCCUUGAAGAAAUGAGAGACAUUAAGAGAAAUCCUCCCUCCCAAGGGAAAAAAAUGUUGAAAUUGCAAGGAAGUACAACCUUGCCAGGAGUGCAAAAUGCUGGUGGGGAUGAUCAUUCUUUCAUAAGUGGUGGAUCAAAAGAUACAAGCAGUGGUCCUCCUUUUCAUUUUCCCAGUAACUUCGGUGGCUCUAAUGCAUUUGGUCCUCCUCUUCCACCUCCAGGAAUAGGAGGUGGUGGUUUUGGUGAUUCCAGACCCGGAAUGCCAUCUAUUGGAAGUAGUGGUUUGCCAGGUUUGCCUGGUCCAGGAAUUGAUGUCCCAGGCUUUGGAGGUGGUCCUAGUAAUCUAAGUGGCCCAUCAGGGUUUGGAGGGGGCCCUCAGAAUUUUGGAAAUGGGCCUGGUAAUUUAGCUGGGCCUCCUAGUUUUGGCAGUGGACCUCCUGGUCUUGGUGGCGGACUUGGACAUUUAAGUGGACCUCCAGCGUUUGGACCGGGACCUGGGAAUUUGCAUAUCACUGGUCCACCAGGGUUUGGAGCUGGUUCUGGAAAGCCAGGGCCAACUGUCAUUAAAGUUCAGAAUAUGCCCUUUACUGUAUCAGUCGAUGAAAUUUUAGAUUUCUUCUAUGGUUACCAAGUAAUUCCAGGCUCAGUAUGCUUAAAAUACAAUGAGAAAGGAAUGCCCACAGGUGAAGCAAUGGUUGCAUUUGAGUCGCGUGAUGAAGCAAUGGCAGCUGUUGUUGAUCUGAAUGAGAGGCCAAUAGGAUCGAGAAAAGUCAAACUUAUGGCUCACUGCGUGACCAAGGUGGAACUGUCCAUAUGCUGUGAUAAUCUCAUUGAUAAAGAUGUUGGCUCAAAAUCUGAUCCUCUCUGUGUCUUGCUUCAAAAUGUUGGUGGAGACCAAUGGUCUGAAUUGGAUCGAACUGAGAAAAUAAAGAACUGCCAGAACCCUCAGUUUUCAAAGAAGCUGCUGAUUGAUUAUUAUUUUGAAAAAGUGCAGAAUCUGAAACUUGGAGUGUAUGACAUUGAUAACAAAUCCUAUGACUUAAAUGAUGAUGACUAUCUUGGAGGGAUUGAGUGCACGUUAGGACAGAUUGUGUCAAGUAAAACAAUCAUUCGACCUUUAGAAUUGAAGAAAGGAAAGCCUGCAGGAAAAGGCACCAUUUCGAUUUCUGCAGACGAGAUUAAGGACACCAGGGUUGUGUCUCUGGAAGUUGAAGCUCGGAGUUUGGACAAAAAGGAUUUUCUGGGCAAAUCUGAUCCAUUUUUGGAGGUUUAUAAACAGAGUGAUAGUGGAAAAUGGCAGCUUGUCUACCGCUCAGAGGUGAUCAAGAACAAUUUAAAUCCUUGCUGGCGAAAGUUCAGUGUCCCUCUGCAGACAUUUUGUAGUGGUGACUUCAAUGCACCAAUCAAGGUGAAUUGUGCAGAUUAUGAUAGCGAUGGGUCACAUGAUUUGAUAGGCAGUUUUGAAACUAGCCUGUCCCAACUACAGAAGGCAGGUGGCAGCUCUCCGGUAGAAUUUGAGUGUAUUCACCCUGAAAAGAAGAGAAAGAAAAAGAGCUAUAAGAAUUCUGGCAUUGUUAGAGUGAAAUCCUGCAAGAUCGAAACAGAAUACUCUUUCUUGGAUUACAUCAUGGGAGGCUGCCAGAUUAAUUUCACUGUGGGUAUAGAUUUCACUGGUUCCAACGGUGAUCCAAAGUCUCCUGAUUCUCUUCACUACAUCAGUCCAAAUGGGAUAAAUGAAUAUCUUACCGCCAUCUGGGCUGUGGGGAACGUGGUCCAGGAUUAUGAUACAGAUAAAUUGUUCCCUGCCUUUGGGUUUGGCGCUCAGGUUCCUCCAGACUGGAAGGUGUCACAUGAAUUUGCACUGAACUUUAAUUCUGCAAAUCCCUACUGUCAAGGAAUCCAAGGAAUUGUAGAUGCCUAUCGCCAGGCACUGCCACAAGUUCGUCUCUAUGGGCCAACAAACUUUUCUCCUAUCAUAAACCAUGUUGCUAGUUUUGCUGCUCAUUCCGCUCAGCAAACUACUGCUUCUCAAUACUACGUCUUGCUGAUAAUCACAGAUGGAGAGAUCACCGAUCUGGACCAAACCCGGCAAGCCAUUGUGAAUGCCUCCAAGCUGCCCAUGUCUAUUAUUAUAAUUGGAGUUGGCAGUGCUGAGUUUAAGGCCAUGGAAUUCCUGGAUGGAGAUGACGGUGUCCUAAAGUCCUUGACAGGGGAACCGGCUGCACGUGAUAUUGUUCAGUUUGUGCCUUUCAGAAAAUUCCAGAAUGCUCCUCGUGAGGCUCUUUCCCAGACAGUCUUGGCUGAAGUUCCUAAGCAGCUGGUGUCCUACUUCAAGAUGGUUGGCCUUGCCCCUGUGAAAUUACCUUCAGAAAAACCAACAUAAAGCAAAUGCUGUUGUUUUCAUUCACAAAGGGAAAGAAGAGUCUUGUAUCUGCCACU